GCACUAAUGACAGUGACCCACUACCCAAAGUGCGCAGAAGGUGGUUCUGACGCUCCUCUGCUGCUUGGCAUACCAUCUCUCUACCCAUCCUGUCAUAGGGCAUGACUUGGUGAGAAGUUCAUGUGACUCCAAAACACUGAACAAGUGUUCAAUGCAAGCUUGAAGAGAGAAAUCCUCUUCCUGACACCAAGAUGAGAGAAGGCAGACGCCAGCGUUGCCUCCCACCUGCUGGUUAGUGUGAGGAGAGCGGCAGGCAGGUGAUCAGGAGUCCAGAGUGGCAACGAGAGGACGCCCGUGUCAAGGUUGUGUUCUCGGGAGACAGCCUGAGGUGUGUGUCAUGUGAUCGAUGAUGGCAGUGGAAGAUGAGGAGCCACUGACACACAAAGACCAGAGUGAGGGGCAGGGUGAGGCAAGGCACUCUGGAGGACCAGCUAGCAUAGAAACCAUACUGACAUCAGCUCUACACAAACGUGCUGCCAAGAAACUUGGAAAGAAAUUAGGUAAAAACAAGAAAAGUAAUUUAGAUUCUAAAGAAGAACUUCAUGAGGGCAACACCAACAAGAAGAAAAAAAAGAGCAAGACAGUCAAAGGAACUGAAACACAUGAGAAAUUGGAGCUUGGUCUACUUAAAGGAAGUGAGCAUAGUGAGGAAAGCAAGAAGAAGGAAGAGACCAUCACAGAGCAAUAUGGAGAAACUGUGGCUGUUAGUCAAACCUUGGCUGAAGAUGGGAGGGAAAAGGAUGAAGAUGAAAGUGAAGGAGAGGAGCAUGCCAAGGCAAUAUCCAAGGCAGAUGAAGUGGCCUCCCCUACCAGGGCAUACCUCAGGGCUGUGUCUGUGCCAAAAAAGAAACCAAUGAGGAAACGCAAGAAGACCACUCAAGAUAAUGGCCGGGUGUUGGGUGUCACAAUCCACAGUGCUGAUCGGCUUGAAGGCUCCCUCCUGCUGUUCCCACAUCCUGUUGUUCAGGUGUACAUCUGCAAUAUGGAGACAGGGCAGUUUUUGCAGAAAUCAUCACCAGAGCGGAAAGUAACAUCCUAUUAUGAGAGAAGUGAAGUAGACUACAUCCUUCCCAUCAUGACCAGUCCCUUUGACAUAAAAAAAGCCAGGAGCAUAUACUGUAGGUGGGAGGAGCAGUUGGUCUUUAAUGAACCCCCAGAGCAUUUCACCUCAGAUGAGCCCCAAGUAUUGGUGUUCUUCCAACUGAUGGACUUCCCACCCUCAGUCGACAACAGUCCUGGCAUUCCUGAGAGCACUGGCAGGGACUGGGUUACCUUUGCCUGGGCCUUCCUGAAGGUCAAGGGCACCAAUGGUCAUGUUAAUAUUGGAGAGCAGUUGAGGCUACAGAUGUGGAGGCCAAGACGUUCCUCCAAGGUGGGCCUCAAGGACCUUCACAGCUGGUGGAAGAGUGGCAGCAGAACCAAGUACCCAUCCACCCUGCAUGUCACCCUGCAGGAAGUGGUCAUCCCCCUCAACCCCGAGCCAACCCUCAGAUCCAUGAUAGCAACCCAACCAGAGGGAAUACCAGUUGACUUGGCACAGUCCUUGGAACACUCCUCUACAGUAGGAUCAAGUGGCAGCCUGGCACCUGCAGCACACAAGCCAGGGGUCAUGUGGGGCCGCAAACCCAACCAGUCCUGCAGGAUUGGCAGCUUUGUCAAGUACUGCUUUCCUCAUUCCGAAAAGGGGUGCCUUGUUGUCAAGUUCUCGCAUGAUGGUCUCAGAAUUGCAUGUGGCAAUCACAAAGAAGUAUUUAUAUAUGAUGUACUGGCUGGUCACCUAGAGCAAGCAUUGUGUGGUCAUCUUGGGCUUAUUUAUGAUAUAUGCUGGAGCACAGAUGAUGGCCACAUCCUUACUGCCUCUGCUGACUCGACAGCAAGAAUAUGGAAACUGGGAAGUGCAGAAAUACAUAGCCAAAGUGAGGUGCUCGCACACCCUUCGUAUGUUUAUGUUGCUCGAUUUGUUCCUGGUACAGUCCAUGUAGCGGUAAGUGGCUGCUAUGACCAUGUGCUCAGGGUUUGGACAUAUAGUAAAAAAGGAGGCUACUCAGUUUUGCAAGAGAUUACCAAUCACCUCUCGUUUGUUAAUGCAUUGUGCUUUAAUGGUGAAGGGGAUGUGCUGUACUCGGGAGACAAACAAGGUAUGAUUUUUGUGUGGAAUGUCAAAGUCUCCCCCAAAGAUAAAAGUAAAAGGAAGACUAAGAUACUUAGUCUCAAACAUGAGGCCAAAGUUCCGGAUAUUGUUGGAAAUACCAUUAAUUCCAUUACUGCUCAUCCUGGUGGCUUCCGUUUACUGGUUCACACAAGGGACAGUCAACUGAGGCUUGUCAAUCACCAGCACUGGACAGUGACUCACAACCUUCGCGGUGCUCUCAACGUGCGUGAACAGCUACGGAGCUGCAUCAGCCCCUGUGGAACAUGGGUUGUCUCUGGGAGUGAAGAUGGAGGACUCUUUGUGUGGAAUUCAGACACAGGAGAGAUGGCUGCAUCAGUGAUGGACCUGCCAUUAUAUGGAACUGUUUCCUGUGUGGACUUCCACCCUCAUGACCACAUGGUGGCAGUCUGCUCUUAUUCUAGUGAAUCUCCUGUCCUAAUUUUAGCUCAUACACCAAAUGCACCAACAAAUACAAAUCUUUCAAUCUCAGUUGAGGCAUCCUCAACAAGGAAUCACUACAGCUCCUUGAGGAUCUCAAGUCCACAGCAGUCUGUGUUGCAAGGACUGGAUGCUUACAAGACUGUUACAAGUAGAACAUCAGUUACAGUGGAGAAAAUUCACAAAAUUUCUCAAGAACACAAUAUGUUGUCAUUGGGCAAUUGCAAUUCAACCUUUUGCUUUUCAUCAGAAGAGAAGGAAAAUUCCCUCUUUACAAUGAAGAUUCACGAGUCAAAAAGUGGGCAUCACCUCAUGAUGGCUCAAGAAGAUGCCAUUCUCAAAAAGCUGGACUCUGUGCUGAAGAUGGCCACUGAGGAACCACUCAGCUUUACUAUGGACAGUAGCAGGAAAAGAAGUGAGGGUUUCAUUGCCCAAGGCGAUCUAGCAACAGUUUUGUAUGACUACACAGGCUCUGACAAGAGAGAACUCUCACUCAGACAAGGGGACUUCGUAUUAGUAGUGCAGGAGAUCAACGCUGACUGGUGGUUGGUGCAGACAGCCGAUGGAAGGUCCACUGGCCUGGUUCCAGCACCUUACCUCAACAAGCUACCUCACAGAACCCAGGAAACAGAAAAUCUUGAAGAAACUGGAAAGGUUCUAGUGGUUCCCUCUGCCCAUGGAGACAUAAGCUUCCUGUCAGACAGUGAAGAUGCCCCUCGGCCAGCUCGUGCCCGCAGGCAUAAAUCAAGGGCUUCCUCCAUUCUCUCAUCAGGAACAAGGAAAGAAGAGACAUAACUGCAAUAGAGACCAGACCAGAGUCAAGCCCCGGAAAUGUGACUUUCAGCGUGCCUUCCCAAUCCAGUGGCCUUAAUUUUUUUGGUGGCAGGACUUUUAGUGGUUGAAUAAUGUGUACAAGCUACUGUGGCAUGAUAUUGGUAAAAAAUACUUAUGUGCCAUAUGGGGCUUACAUGACUGAUGCUAUAACUGGAGCACUGUCAGGUUUGAUAUUUUUUGCAUUGAAUAUCCAUGGAUUUUGUAUGAGUAAUAUGAAAUCCACAUAGAAGAGGUACUAACUUUUUUCUGGAGUCCCAGUAAUGCUAAAAAGGAGGGAGAAUUAGAUGGACUCGUGAAACUGGGACCCUUUCAGCUGCAUUUAACAGCAUAGGGAAAUCUCAAGAUAUGAUGUGUGGAGAGGAGGGAACCUAAAUUGAGAAAUUUUGUACUUGGUCACAAAAUCAUGGAUCAGGUUUGAAAAGUAAGCUAAUGCAGAGUUAAUGGAAGUUUAUCAUAAGGAAUGGGCAUUAUUCAAAAGAUUCUUUCUUGGCCAAGCUCUCUUCUCUCCUGAAUUAUGAAUUUGAAAGCUCCUACAUGAAAGAUUGAUGAGGUGCCCGUGUCACUCAGUUGAUAUCUAUAUUAUUCUAGUUCAGCUAGAAGUUGGUGUUAAGGCCUGUCCACACUAUUGAGCAGUGCCUGACGGACAUUGGUCACUGAGUGUGCUCCUCUCUCCUUUGAAACAGUUACCAGUUUAGGUGAAGGUGAAGAUUCUACAUUAUUGGACAGCCCAUCAGGCUCUGCCCUCACUAGGCAGUUUACCUGUUGUAUACUUCACACCUCUAAGUGGUAGUGGUUUACUACAUUAUUGGACAGCCCAUCAGGCUCUGCCCUCACCAGGCAGUUUACCUGUAGUAUACUUCACACCUCUAAGUGGUAGUGGUUUAGUCAGGUAGUUCAGGUCAUUCAGUAGGCAACAGGGGUUGUAUUCACAAAGCUGUCUUAGCUGUGUAAUGUGUCAUAGCUAGGACAAAAUGGUGCAUUCUUAUCAUGAACUCUGUGUGUCGUCAGAAGUCUGUGGUGGAUGCUUAUCGUGAACUGUGUGUGUCGUCAGAAGUCUGUGGUGGAUGCUAAGAUUGGGUCCACUCGGUAUUAGCAGCACAUGCUAGAUGCUGUCAUUUCUAAGACAGUUGCCCCAGCAAUAUCUCUUGCUCAGGAAUUAUUUACCCAAUCAGAAGAUAUUUAGACCAUGCAGGUAUUCUUUUUGUCACUGAUCUAGUCAGGAAAGCCUUACAGAGUGACACAGAAAGGGGAAAUCCACUUAUCCCUGAAAACAAGGGGAUAGUAACAUUGACAUUUUUUUACUGGGAAAAUGCACUUGUGCAGAAGUGAUGGCCUUGGUGGUAAUUAAGAGAACCAUCCAUGCUACCAAACCAUUUGAAAACUUUGUUUAUAGUAAGGUGUUCCUACAGGAUCACAUUUACCAUAUUUCAAAGAUUGAAUUACACAAUCUUACCCACUUUGUUUCUUCUCCCAAUACAUAAAAACAAAAAAUAUUUAUAGUAGCUUUAAAUUAGUAGUAAAUGGCAGCUUUUGUUUUUUCUUUUAGUAUUUGAAAUCAAGUGCUACAUAUAGCAAAGUUAUGAUAGUUUUGCUUGUCAUAACUUAUGACAUGACUGAUCUAAGGUUUGAUACGCUUCUGCCACAGUUGUGACACACAUUAUAACUUUAUGAAGAAUACAGCCCCAAGUGAAUGGCAAGGUGCAAGUACAGCCUCGCCAUGCCAUCAUUUCCCCAUUUCUGAGAUCACCACCUUGCCUGCCAUUCAUCUUCCCAGCUUGUGCAUUGGAGUGAGGUAGUGUUUGCCCACCAAGCACUGCCCAAUAAUGUAUGGACAGACUCAAAAUGUGGUUGCAUAUUCUAAGGGUAGCAGGAGCAUAGUGCAGAGUUGAUUUGUGUUUGUGCAUAAUGUAAGGCAUGUUCUAGUGUGAAAUUGAAAAGCUAGUUAUAGGUUAGUGAUUAGUGAAUACAGUCAGUGAAGAAUAGUGUUGUGUUUUACCCCAAGUUUUUGGGCAUACCAUACCUCAUCCAUUGCACUUACCACAAUAUAUUCCAAAGUAUCCUUGCCAUAAAAAGUUUAGGUGUUAGGGAUAAGUACUGAUUACAAUAUUUACAUGGUGUGUGAUAUGCCCAAGCUUGAAGAUCAAACACACAGUCACAUUCCUGGAAUGAGAAGGUAGUAAAGAACAAUCCAGAUUUACUGGUAACAUGCCAGCAAGAUUUCCAACUGUUUGGUUAAUGUGAUGGUUGUGAUGAUAGUAGCCCAACUGUUUGGUUAAUGUGGUGAUGAUAGAAUCUACUAAUGCCACAGUCCCAAUCCAUACUGUAGGGACAUGAUAGGAACUGAGGCCUUUCAUAAACUAAGUGCCUAGUAUGUUGUUAUGAUAGGAACUAAGGCCUUUCAUAAACUCCCACAGUCCCAAUCCAUACUGUAUGGGCAUGAUAGGAACUGAGGCCUUUCAUAAACUAAGUGCCUAGUAUGUUGUUAUGUACACAAAAUGUGGUGAUAAGUGCCUGAUUUGCUGUCCAUAAUGUAAUGGAUGUGGUAUAUACUCAGGGUCUACCUAGCGAAGCAAAGGUUAUGAAAUUGCAUGAAAUCAAACGGGCUACUUGUGGAACAAUUGUUUAAUUUGUGUGAAAUGAAAAUCUGCAGAUUAUCCAGACCAAACAAAAGAUAAUGUACACCAAGUCUUACAUACAUCUAGUCCUACGUCUAGUCUUUAUGUACAACAUUAUAUAUGUAAGAGGCAAGUGAUAAAUAUAAGUACCUGAGAAA